CUCCGCUCCGCCCUGCCGGGCCCCACGUGCGGCGCCGCGCUCCCGGAAGCGGAAAUGAUCCCCAGUACCUGGAAGCGGAAGGGCAGAGCAGAACGGCGGGAGAUUCGGUGACAGCAGCUCUGCAGAGCCCACAUUAUGGUGCAGCUCAUCAUCUCCAGUGCUGGUGCAGGCAGCCUGGAGCGCUGGGUGCUGGUGGAGCUGCAGGGAGAGGUGGAGCCGCGUGGUGGCGGUGCGCUGCCUGGGAGUCUGCUGGGAGACCUGCACUACACACGGGAGGGCAUCCCCGUGCUCAUCGUGGGUCACCACAUCCUCUAUGGGAAGGUGGUGCAGCUGGAGAAGCCCUUUGCUGUCCUGAUGAAGCAGGCAGCCGACCCUGCAGGGACGCGCUACGCUGUUACCGCCCUCAUCAAGACCAAGCUGCUCUUCAAAACACGGCCCAAGCCCAUCAUCACCAACGUGCCCAAGAAGGUGUGAGGACACAGACCUGCUGCCAUGGGAGCAAUGCUUUUCCUUUGUGACGCUGCCAAGGACAGCUGCGGCAUGAACACAGCGCCCAUCUUAGGCAAGGGGCAUCCUGCAGGGCCAGGCUGUGCCCCUAAUGGGGGCUGCACAUGACGUGCCACCAGCACUGCCCAAGCACCAGAACUCAGCUCUGCAGCCAUGCGCAUCGUGCUGCCAGCUCUGCCCAUCCUCCUGCCUGUGCCAGGUAUGGCUUGGGCACACUCUCAAGCUGGCUGCCUCCUCAUGUUCCCUUCUAAAGUCACUCCUGCAGCCAGCAGAGCUGCAGACAGGGUCUAUCACUUCUGUUUUAGCACCUUCCCCCCUCGAGUCUCCCCAGACUGGGAGCCCACAUGGAGUCAGGCAGGGGGAGCAGGGAUGACACACCAUGUUUUCUCUGUGCAAGUCUUUAUUGUGUCAAAUCCACCAGGAUAUAAAAAACAGACCUCUCAAAAUAUGAAAAAAAUAGGAGUUAAAAAAUAAAUAGAUUUACAAACAAUCAGCAAUAAAGUGUAAAUACGAAAAGAGCUACAAAAGUCUCCUAAAAAAUCCCAUCUUAAAUAAAAAGCCUGACUUGUACAAAGGUUUUAGCCCUGAAAAGAGGGCCCAGGGGAGAUGGCCGUGGGUAAAUACCCAGGGGGACACAGUGGGCAGGAAAAGGCUGGGAACUGGCUCUCCCCGCCCUCCUCUGCAUGCCCAGACCUAAAACCCAGCGCCUCCCCGCUGUCUAGACGGAUGCCAGGUUCCCUCCUCGCUUCCAGAGCUAGGGGGCAGAGGAGGGGCGGUGGAGAAGGCAGCUGGCAGGAAGCCGGGACGUGGUUGGCUUCUUUAUGGUGCCGUGGGCUGGCCGGACCAUCAGCAACCCAUGCUUCAGCUGACCCACGGCCCGGGUUUUUCUGCUUCUGCCCAGGCUGCGGGCACAAAAAUGGGGUGCCAGUGCCCCCUCCACAUGCUCUUUGGCAAAGCACAACAGAGGAGCUGCCCUCCUGGGGCAGCCAGAUCCCCAGAAUGGAGUUGGAGGGAGCUGUGGGUACAUGCCCGCACAUACACAGCCAUGGGGAUGGGGGUGGGUGGCUUUUGGGGACAUUCAGAGCUCCGUGGAGACAGAGCAGGGGAUGCUGAGCCCCCGUGGGUGGGCCCAGCUGGCAGCACCAGCCAGCGGUGCCUGGCAUUGGCACAGCACCUGAGCGACGUGGUGCCAACGUUGGGAUGAAAUCCAAUUUCUGUCCCUAAAUCAUGGCAGAGAGGGGGCUGAGCCUGCAGCCGGCUCCCACCCAUGCAGGGGCUGCACAGGGAUGGUGGGGAAAAAAUCCUGGGGCGCAGCAACUCCAGCAGCAUUGAGCAUCACAGCUCAGCACCUGGCUGGACACGUGGGGUCCAUCCUCCACAGUGCCACGGGGGGGACAUCGGGGGUCCCAGGAAAGCACCAAAGGAUGGGGCCCAGCAGGGCAGGGGGAGCCCAACCAGCGGAGCUCCCGCUGUGCCCUCGCACCAAGGCAGCGAAAUGCUCAGCGUGGCACAAGGAAGGACCCUGCAGCACCAAGGCUGUGCCAAGCACAGCUCCAGACAGCCCCGGCGCGGCCGCUAGCACCCUCGGGGCUGAGUUUUACAGAAAACAACAACAAAAAAAAUUAAAAAUAAUUAAAAAGGAAAAAAAGAAAACAACCGCAAUUAAAAAAAAAAAAAAAAGCAAGACUUGAUCACAAAUGCUGACCUUGGGGUGCGCUCAGCGCUGCCGCACGCAGGGAGCAGCAGCCGGGUGGCCACCGG